AUGAAAAACCCCCGAUCGAUUAAAAAGGGUGGUAAUAAAAGUGUUGAAUCAAAUUUACAAAAUGAAGAGAAAACUCCUAAUAAGCAACCAACUAAUAAUUAUAAUCAAAUCAAACAUCAACCAACUUUGAUACCUCAAAACCAUUCUCAACAACAACCUUAUUUAAAUCAAUUGGAUUAUUUUACAAAUAAUCAUUUUUCAACGUCAUUUAAUAGUUUAAUAUUAGAUGAUAAUAAUCCAGAUUUAAAUUCAAUUCCUAGAAAAACAAUAAAUAAAUCACCUCCGUUUAAUGUAAAACAUGAUUAUACAAAUGAUGGGAUUGAUACUUGUUUAGAUGAUGAAGAAGAGGAGGAAGAAGAAGAAGAAGAAGAGCAUUUAAAUGAAACUGAUAUGGAUGAUGAAAUUGAUAAUUUUAGUGAAGAUAAUAAUAAUGAAGUUGAAAAUUAUCAAAUUAUAAAUAAAAUUGAUUAUACGCCGAGAAUUGUCAGAUCAGAGGGAGAUAAGAGUGUUCAACAUCAUCUAAAACGACCAUCAUUAGAUUAUGAAACAUCAAAUUCAACUAUAAAACUUAAUAAUUCACAAAAUUCAAUUAAAAGAUCACUGAAAUUCAUUAAUUUAUCAAUUGAUUCUAGUUUGAAAACAUUAGAUGGUAAACAAGAUGAAAUUAAUUUAAAUCAAAUCGAAAGUAAAAUUAUUGAUAAUUCAUCACCAAUUAAUAGAAAUCUACCGUCAUUAGUUCAUAAUAAUCAAUUUAAACGACCUCAUAAACUAGUUAGUCAAUCACCUUCACCUUCACCUUCAUCAAAUAAAAUACGACCUUUAUCAUCACCAAAUCAUCAAUCAAAUUUAUAUUCUCCAUCAAAAUUAAAUAAUAAAAAUUUUCAAACUUUAAGAAAUUCAAAUACAACUUCACCAAUACGAAAUUCUGAAAUUGAUACUACUUUAUUUAAAUCUCAUGUAUUUGGGCAAGCUAACAAAUUAAGAAAAACUUAUAAAUCUUUAAAUCAUACACCUCAAUCUGUACAAAAAACUGUGAUUCAUAAUGAUUAUUGUGAUGUUGAUAGUCCUUCUAAAAAUCGAAAACUGCUGUCAAAUUCAACUAGUUCAUCUAUUUUAAUGUUUCAUAAUGAUGCACUUUUCAAUGAUGGUAAUGAAAAAGCUAGUUCCAAUGUAUCAAUUCCAACUACUAAUCCUACUACUUCAUAUUCAACAACUUUUGAUGAUAAAGAAAAUAAAGCAUCAUAUCAAUUUGUAAAACCUUUACAAGCAGCAUUCAAUUCCAAUGGUCUAAUGAAAAAGAAUUGUGCAUUGAUUAAAAAUACAGAAAGAAAACUACCACCAGAAACUCCAAUGAAAAGAAACCCAUUGAUGAUUUUAAACACAAAUCGACCACCAAAUCAUUAUUAUGAAGAAAAUCCAGCAGCAUUGUCAAGCCACCAUAUUGAUCAUCAAUUCACUCAGAAUUACAUAAAUGAUCAUGAUACAUCAAUUGAAUGUGGUAGAAAUAAUGCAACCAUAAUAUAUGAUACCACAAAUUCAAGUACAUUACAAAAUAAUAGUUAUUUCAAAAUUAUGCCAUCACUGAAUGAAAAAAUAGAUCCUACAAUUCAUCAUCAAGAUUUAGAUAUAAUUUUUAAUUCAGAUUUUGAAAUAGAUGAAGAAGGAGGAUUGAUACCUGAAACUCCAACAAAACAACCUCAAGAUCAACAUCCAACUCCAAAAUCUGUUAAAUUAGAGAAACCAAAUGUAAAAUUAAAUUUAUUUCAACUUAAUAAACUUAAAAAAUUAAAUGAAGGUCAACCAUCUACACCAAUUAAUCAUGUAUUCAAUUUAAAAGAUGAAUUUAAUAAUAUAGAUCAAAUAGGAGAUUUACAAACUUUAGAUGAAAAUGAUUCUUUACAUUUUCAAAAUGAUAAUCAUCAACAAACUUACCUUACCAAAAUUGAUGAACAUUUAAUUAAUAAAUUUGGUAUGAAAAAUUUAAAAUAUAUUGGACAAGGAGAAUUUAGUAUUGCAUUUGAAUGUGUAUUUAAUGAAGAAAAAUUUGCAAUCAAGAGAACAAAGAAACCAAUAAUUGGAAAAAUUGAUAAAAAAACAAUAUUAAGAGAAAUUGAUGCCCUUAGAACUUUAACAUCAAUAAAAGAAAAUGAAAAUGAAAAUUUACAAGAAGAAGAAGAUGGUAAAGAAAAUUUAGUAUAUUUUAUAGAAGCAUGGGAUUUUAAUAAUUAUUAUUAUAUAAUGACAGAAUAUUGUGAAAGUGGAACAUUAUUUGAAUUUUUAGAAGAAAAUAAAAAUUAUAAAAUUGAUGAAUUUAGAAUUUGGAAAAUUUUAAUUGAUAUUUUAAAUGGUUUAAAAUUCAUUCAUUCUCAAAAAUAUAUUCAUUUAGAUUUAAAACCUCAAAAUAUUUUUAUUACAUUUGAAGGUAAUUUAAAAAUUGGAGAUUUUGGUUUAGCAACAAAAUUACCAAUCCUUGAAAAAGAUUUUGAUUUAGAAGGUGAUAGAAAUUAUAUUGCUCCCGAAUUAAUUGAUGAUAAAAUUUAUACUCCAUUUGCUGACAUUUUUAGUUUAGGUUUAAUAAUAUUAGAAAUUGCUGCAAAUGUUAUAUUACCAGAUAAUGGUACACCAUGGAAAAAAUUAAGAAGUGGAGAUUUAAGUGAUGCAGGACAAUUAUCAAGUGAUAAUAUUUCAAUGUUUUUACAACAUAAACCUGAAACUUCAAGCUCUUCAAAUACAAAUUUUAGUUCUUCAAUUACUUCAAAUCAUUCAAUAAAUUUAAAUUUAAUAAAUCCAAUACAAAAUAAAUUGAAUAAUGGAAAUAAUGAUGAAAUUGGUAAUAAAAUUCCAAUAAAAUUGGAAAAUAAUCAGACAAGUGUUAUAGAUCAGCAAGAUCUUAUACCAAAUUGGGCUCCUACUUUUUUAGUAAAUGGAGAUUUAAAAGUAUUAGAUAGAUUAGUAAAUAAGAUGUUAAAACCAAAUCCAUUUGAUAGACCAUCAGCAAAAUCUAUUUUGGAACUGAAUGAAUGUAUUGAAAUUGAAAAUAGAAAAAAAUGUGGUGCUACUAUUUUUGAAGGAGAAUUUGGAAGUUCACCUGAUGAAUGA